AUGUCUGUAAAAACUGAAGUCUGUUGCCAUGGGCCUGGUUAUGCGAGUCCUCAAGACGCUUAUCUGAACGGUCCGCGAGAGAAAUACCUCUUUGUUGCUUGUCCACAUGCUGCUCAAACGAAACCAGACAGACUAGUAACAAUUGACGUCGACCCAGAAAGUCCGACUUACUGUUCGGUGGUCAGCAAGGUUGUCUUUCCGUAUAUUGGUGAUGAAGUGCAUCACACUGGUUGGAAUGCUUGUUCAAGCUGCUAUAAUGACCCAAGUGCUAAGCGCAGAUAUUUGGUUCUGCCGUGCCUAAAUUCAUCCAGAGUAUAUUUUGUCGACACCACUUAUCCUACUGAUCUAAAAUUGCAUAAGGUUGGUAGUUUUGUUUUAUUUAUUUAUUUAAUUAAUCAAUUAAUUAUUUAAUU